AAAAAAUAUUUCAAGGAAUUAAUCUGAACCUCAGUACUAAUACCCAUAUGCUAUAUCUUUCACAGUAUCACCAACAACAACAACAACAACAAUAAUAAUAAUAAUAAUAAAAAUAAAAAUGAAGAAGAAGAACAAGGGUUUGAUCCAGCAUGGGACAAAAGCAAGAAUAAAAUUAACAACUGUUAUAACAUUUAAGAACUAUAAAAUGUUUCAUUUAUUUUGUUAAUAUGGCUCUCAACUAAUAUUUGUUUAUCUUCUAAAAUGGAAGUUUUCCAAUUUUUGGCUUUCUAUUUUAAGAAAUUUCAUUUUGUUCAAAUUAAAGAAUGUAGCUGUCUUGAAAACAAAAAUCAACUUCAAGUAUCCCCUUUUCUUUUAUUGGCAGAACAUCUUAGCAAGAUGAAUGGUGAAAUACUACUAUAAAAUAUAUGUAGACCAAAUGGACAAUUAAUGUCUGGAUAGUCUCAUCUUUGGAACACCAUGGAUAUUCCGAGAAAUUGAUCAAGUACAAAGUCAUGGAUGAAAUUGCAUUAGUUGCUUCCUGUAUUUUAUUGAUCUUCAUUUACUUGGAUUACUUCCAAGCAGGUUUUUCCCAACAAAGAUAAACAGGAGAAUGAGGCAAAUUAGAAAUGAAGUCAAUGCAUUGUUGAAGGGUAUCAUUGAGAAAAGAGAGAAGGCAAUGAAAGUUGGCGAAACUGCUAAUCAUGAUUUAUUAGGUCUGCUAAUGGAAUCCAACUACAGAGAAAUGCAAGAAAAUGAUGAGAGGAAGAAUGUUGGAAUGAGCAUCAAAGAUGUCAUUGAGGAGUGUAAGCUAUUCUACUUUGCCGGCCAAGAGACUACCUCAGUUUUACUUCUGUGGACAAUGGUUCUAUUAAGCAAGCAUUCAAACUGGCAAGCUCGUGCAAGGGAAGAGGUUUUACAAGUUUUUGGUAAUAAAAAACCAGAUGGCGAUGGCUUAAAUCACCUCAAAAUUGUUACAAUGAUUUUUCAUGAGGUCCUUAGGUUAUAUCCACCAGCAUCCAUGCUCAUACGAACUGUUUUUGCCGACAGCCAAGUGGGAGGAUUGUAUUUAUCAGAUGGAGUGCUGAUCGCUUUGCCAAUCCUCCUAAUUCACCACAAUCAUGAAAUUUGGGGAGAGGAUGCAAAGGAAUUCAACCCGGGAAGAUUUUCAGAAGGAGUUUCUAAGGCAGCAAAGACCCAAGUUUCAUUUUUUCCAUUUGGUUAUGGUCCUCGGAUAUGCGUUGGACAAAAUUUUGCAAUGAUGGAAGCGAAAAUGGCUUUGGCAAUGAUCUUACAACGUUUCUCAUUUGACCUUUCCCCAUCCUAUGCUCAUGCACCUAGUAGCCUUUUAAUGCAACCCCAACAUGGUGCACACCUGAUUUUACAUGGACUUUAGCAUCAGAGUUCUUGUUAUCAGUAACAGUUAGCAAGAGCUUUAAACCUAGAUAAUGUUGAAUUUAAAAUGCCCACACUCCCUUUCACUUGAAAUAUGUGCUCUAUAAAGUCAAUAUAUUAAUAAGAUUCUCUUUUUGUAUA